UUUCUCUUCAUCAUUCAUCUUGACCCUACAAAGGUAGGUCAAGGCCGAAUAUAUUCAUCUUUGACCAGUAGUUAAAAGUUCUUUGGCUCUUUUUUCCUUUCAAUUCUUGGAGCAAUGGCAACAGGCUCCGCCCAACCUUUGCCUGGGGCAAUGGCCACAGGCUCCGCCCAACCUCCGCCGCCGCCACCUCAAACACCACAACCUUAUACAUAUCCCCCAAUCACCAUUAUCCUCACAAUUAUCCUCCUUAUAUUUUUUUUUGUGGGUUUUUUUUCUAUAUAUUUUUGUCGAUGUUUCAUGCAGAACAUACUGCACACCUGGCAUCUCCGGCAUAGCCCCACCGGCACUCCGGUAGGUGGCGCCACUUCAUCCACUGCGGCCGGUGGUCUCGAUCCUUUGAUUGUACAGUCUUUUCCAACUUUCAUCUAUUCAACUGUCAAAGAUUAUAGGAAGGAAAAAUAUGGGCUAGAGUGCGCCAUUUGCUUGGUUGAGUUUGAUGCUAGCGACGUGCUUCGCCUGUUGACAGCAUGUUGCCAUGUAUUCCACCAAGAAUGCAUAGACCUUUGGCUCGAGUCGCAUAAGACAUGCCCGGUCUGUAGGAGGAAGCUCGAUUCACCGGUGCAAUCACCGGUGAAGUCUCCUAUUUAUGCCAGCAAUGUCAUGCAUGAGAUAAACGAAAACGAGCUGACUGAAGACAGUUUUAGCAUCACAAUCAAGGAUGAAAAUGAAGAUGAACGAAGGGGUAGAGAUCAUAAAGACCUGAUUGUUUCUUCUAGCACAGAUGAAGAAGAUGAUCAGGCACAAAAGUACUCUAGAUCACACUCAACAGGCCAUUCAAUAAUUGGAAAUACGGACGAAGAAGAUAGAUUUACUUUAAGAUUGCCCGAACAUGUGAAGUCAGACAUAGUAAGGGGCCAUAAGUCUAACAAAAGUUGGACAACUUUUGGAGAGUAUAAUGCUAAAGCUAACACUAGAAAUUUUGGUCUUAGUCAGGUUUCGGAGUUGUCUGGUGGAGAUAUCAACAAAGUAUAAUUGUCUCUUCUUUCCUUUUGUGUGUUUCUCUUUUUAAUUUUUUGUCAUUUCUCCCCUUACAACUCUGCAUUAAGAGUUAAUGUUUCAUAGAACAGAUGAUUGUCAUUUACCAAUGACACAAACAAAACAUAGUAAGAAAAUAACAUGGUUUAGUGUAAAUUAUUUAAAUUUUCUUGGCACUGUGAGGAUUAAUACCAAGUUUGGGGUA